AUGUCCUCCAGCACAUCUCUCCUCGAAGCUGCCAAGCGCCAGACGUCUGCCGCCAUGAACAGCGCAAAAGAAGCUGCCUCCGAAGGCUCCGCCGCCAUGAAGAACGCCGCCGAGAACCCCUCCAAGGCCACCACCGACUUCCUCCACACUCCUGCCAUGCGCGCAGCUCUGCCCUUCAUCAAUGGCGGUCUUGCCGGCAUGACUGCCACCACAGUCAUCCAGCCAGUCGACAUGAUCAAGGUCCGCUUGCAGCUGGCAGGUGAGGGUGUGAAGACGGGUCCCAAGCCUACUCCUCUCUCAGUCACCCGGGACGUGAUAGCAGCAGGCAAGGUGCUCGACCUCUACACUGGCCUCUCAGCCGGCCUCCUCCGCCAAGCUGUCUACACCACCGCCCGCCUCGGCUUCUUCGACACCUUCAUGAAGACCCUGACAAAACGGGCGGAGGCGCAAGGCACCAAGAUCGGCUUCACCGAGCGCGCUGGCGCCGGUCUGACGGCCGGCGGCCUGGCAGCCAUGGUGGGCAACCCGGCCGACCUGGCGCUCAUCCGCAUGCAGAGCGAUGGGCUCAAGCCGCCGGCCGAGCGCGCCAACUACCGGUCCGUCAUCGACGCCCUCGCCCGCAUCUCCAAGAACGAGGGCGUGACGGCGCUGUGGGCCGGCUGCUUCCCGACGGUGGUGCGCGCCAUGGCGCUCAACUUCGGCCAGCUCGCCUUCUUCUCCGAGGCAAAGAACCAGCUCAAGGACACGAGCUUGUCGUCGCGCUCGCAGACGCUGACGGCCUCGGCCAUCGCCGGCUUCUUCGCCUCCUUCUUCAGCUUGCCCUUCGACUUUGUCAAGACGCGCUUGCAGAAGCAGACGAGGAGGCCUGACGGUUCUCUGCCUUACCGCGGUAUGGCGGACUGCUUCAAGAAGGUCGCGCGCGAUGAGGGCCUCCUGAGGUUCUACCGUGGCUUCGGUACCUACUAUGUGCGCAUUGCGCCUCACGCGAUGGUAACGCUGAUCGUGGCCGACUACCUCGGGUUCAUCACCAAGUAA